AUGGAAGGUUUAGAUGUUAUGGUAGAAAAUAACAGAGCUUCAGCACGGAAUGACACCACUAUCUCCAAUGGAACUGUACAGUUGCAACCAACAGUUUCAAAGAGUUUCUUUAGCACAAAGUCCAAGCAGAAGAAUUAUACUUCGCUCAAUGCUGUUACUUCAGUCGUUGACGGUUUAAAAGUAUUGUACAAUGAAAAGCUAAAGCCUCUAGAAGCUACUUACCGGUUCAAUGAUUUUGUUUCUCCUUUUCUGACUAGUAGUGACUUUGAUGCAAAACCUAUGGUCAUGCUUUUGGGUCAGUACUCAACUGGGAAAACAACAUUUAUCAAGCACUUGCUCAAAUCCAACUAUCCAGGUGCUCAUAUUGGACCCGAGCCAACUACUGACCGAUUUAUUGUUGUCAUGUCUGGGCCCGACGAAAGGAGUAUUCCUGGCAAUACAGUAGCAGUUCAGGCCAACUUGCCAUUCACUGGUUUGACUACUUUUGGUGGAUUUUUUUUGUCAAAAUUCGAGUGUUCGCAAAUGCCACAUCCCCUGCUCGAGCAUAUUACUCUUGUCGACACUCCUGGGGUUUUAUCCGGUGAAAAACAACGUACACAGAGAAACUAUGAUUUCACGGGUGUCAUAUCAUGGUUUGCUGCAAAAUGUGAUAUGAUUCUCCUUUUGUUUGAUCCCCAUAAGCUUGACAUUAGUGAUGAGUUCAAGCGGGUGAUUUCAUCACUACGUGGUCAUGAUGACAAAAUACGAGUUGUUUUGAACAAAGCUGAUCAAGUCGACACUCAACAGGCAAGUUUUUACCAAUCGAGUAGAUGA